GCACGCACUGGAUGCGCAACGUGUAAGUCUCGUCCUCCAUGAGCAUGUCAGACUUGAACAUAGAGGCACAGUAGGCUGACAGCGAUGCAGGCAAGUACGUGGUCAACUGCCGACGUCCCAUGCCCGGAUUACAGACUGGCGAGAACGGGUUACACAAGUCUGAGCAUUUCACUGACUCUGCACAGGAAGAGACACGUCAAGUGUGAUGAAACAAGGCCUUCAUGCCUGAACUGUAUGAAAUGGAGAGGGUACUGCGAUGCCUACGCGGAGGACGACGCUGGACCGUCGAAAGCUUCCGGCAAGCUCAUACACACCAAGAAAGCACCUUUAAUAGUGACUGAGCCGGUCGUCAACACGAUUUGCUUCACAAACGAUCAGCAAAGAGCCUACUUUAACGAAUGGUCGGCUCUGUCAGUAACGUAUUUGAGCGGCGGACUCGUGCAGACGCGCCUUUGGACAGCGACCAUGCCGCAGUUGACGCUCCAGGAACCGACGCUUCGAUAUGCGGCCAUGGCUAUCGGCGCCCUGCGCCACGCAUACAAUGAAGAAGGCCAUAGUAUGGCGUCGGCCUUGACGAUCAACAACAAGCAUUAUAUGAAUGCAAUCACCUACUAUUGCGAAGCGCUGCGAUUGCAGUCCAAGGCACGACCAACCCGCGAGGGCUUGCGGACCGCCAUGCUGUCCUCAUUGCUGUUCAUCUGCUUCGAGACCCAGCGGGCGAACAUGCCCGUAGCACUCAAGCACAUUACGCAUGGUUUCAGCAUGCUCAAUGAGUUGGCGGCCUGCACUGAGAAAGCCCCUGACCUCGUCAGCAUCGCACCCGCGCCGCCCUCGCUCGUGCAAGAGAUCCUCGAUUGCUACAAGCCGCUCGAGCUACAAUCGAGAUCGUUCAUGGGCUCGUACCAGAAGUUCUUCUUCCCCCCAAGCCAACGGCAACAGCAGGGGGGCAUACCUGGAGGGCCACCGGAGGCUGGUCGAGGGACUGGGUCACCAAGUCCCGCUGGCGAGACACAAGCCCCGGCCGACACUGCUUCAUCGCAGUCCGCAUCGCCUGCUGCGGUCUCGAGCCCAGCGAGUCAGCCGGGGACGCCCUGGCAGAGCCAAACCGCGCCAUCGCAAUCUGACAAGACGCAACAAACGACGCCUCACACGGGCCUCCCUAGUCCCGCGAGCCAAGGCAGUCCGCAAAGUCAGGAGUCUGGCCCAUCACCGCCGAGGCCCCAACGGCCGCCUGGAAUCUUGCCAUUCACCAAACACUCGCCAUACUUCCGACCAAAACAGUCCUCCAUCCAUUCCCUGGAAGAGCUGCCUCGCGUCUUCUCGUCCGCCGAUGAGGCUCAGGGAUACUGGGGCCUCCUGCAGCGGCAGAUGGUCCAGUACAUUCCGAUUCUGAGCGUCACCACAAGCCAGCUCAAUCUGCCCCAGGUGCAGGAUGAGGCAGAACUGGACAUGAAGUUAUCGAGUGUCAGGCAGAACCCACGGAUAUCCCGGUUCGUGGCCGAGUCGCGCUACUGGCUGCAGAGAUGGAUCGAGGCGUACGAUCCCCUCUACCAUGCCGCGGCACGGAACAAGGAGCGAGACCUCCAGGCGUACCUCCAAGCCGCGAACCUGCGCAUCGAAUACUUGAUUCUGUACAUUUACACUGCGAUUCCACGCUUUUCUGGCCUGAUCACAGCCAAGGGUCUCACACCACAGUAUCGCGAGAUCAACACACUGGCUGAGAUGCUCCUCAAGGCCCGACCAAACUGUGGCUUCGCCAUGGAUUCGGGAUGGACGUGGCCCCUGUUUGUGUCGGCAUUUGGCUGUCGCGAUCCAUCCGUCCGGGCUGACGCCAUCCGCAUCCUGGGCGAGUACCCUAUUCGCAACGCUCUACGAGACUCGCGCGUCUUCCGAGCGAUUGCGCUCAAGAACCAGCUCGCGGAGGAGGAGAGCGCAUCGUGCGGCGACGACGAGCAGCUGCAGUGGUUGCGUCUGCGAAGGCGGGAGGUGGUCUUUGAGGACUUUGGGACGAACAUUGUCUUUCGCAGUGCGAAGCGAGAGCAGGAGACUGGACGGUGGGUGGUGGUGGAAGAGGCUGCCAAUUUCACUUUGCAGGCGGAUGGGACGUUAGAUUGGCAUGUACAGCCUAUAUCGUCGUCGACAUCGAUACUCUCGGGUGUCUGUUGAGAGUAGUUGUUGAUAGACGGUGGUCUCAAGGAGCAUUGGGAUGGUCAUUUUGGGCCUUGAAGCAUAGCGAAUGAUUAGAUUUAGAGUAGAGUAGAUUCUGGUCUGAACAGCAUGGUGCUAGCACCUCUAUUACU